AUGGCCACAAAGAGGCUUUGGUUUCUAACAACCAAACAAGUUGAGCUACUCCAUACAUUACUUGUCAUUCCCCGUUCUGCUCCGGUCCAGCCCACCUUGCUGGAGUCUGCAAUCUAUUCGCCGAUGAAUUUGAAACACUACGCAAAGACCGAAGAUGUUUUCCAGCUUGCUGCGAACUUUGCUGAGAAAUUGAUGAAAAAUCAUCCCUUUCAGGACGGGAACAAACGCACCGCCUUAGUGGCGGCUGAUAUGUUCUUGAAAAUCAACGGUUACUCCCUACUAAAGGAACCAUUCUCGAAUGAUCCAAACAACAAGGGGCUAGCAGAUGCUCACGUCGCCGUCGUUACCAAUCAGUGGACCACUCAGCAGUUGGCAAAUUACUACAAGUCUAUGGCGGUGCCUGUUGGUCCGUUGACUGCACAAAUCUUGGAGUAUAAAAGCUCAGUCAUUGAGUACUAG